UUCCCCCCCCCAUCCCCCUCUCUCUUUCUCUCCCUCCCUCCCUCUUUUUCUUCCCUCGAAGUUGAAAGGCAGGAGCCACCACCAGCACUUUUCCUGCCUUCCUUACUCGUCGCGGAUGCAGCCGCUUCGUCUCUUCUGAGGAGCCAUAUUGUGCAUUUUCUCCCACUUUCCUCACCAUGGCGGGGGCAAUUAUCGAGAACAUGAGCACCAAAAAGUUGGUGAUAGUGGGAGUUAUACUGCUUUUGUUCCAGGCGUUCGCGUUCAUGGUCGGCGGGUUAAUUGCUCCUCGCCCUACCACGGCAGUCCACUACCUGGCUACCAAAUGUGUGGACACUGUCAAGCAUCGCCAGGAAGCAAAGUGGUUCAUGCCUUGGGGUCCCAACCAAUGUGACAAGAUCAGGACCUUUGAUGAGGCCAUGGCCAAGAGGAUUGAGGCCAACAAUAUUGUGUUUGCUGUCCACAUUCCUCUGCCUAACAAGGAGAUGAGCCCCUGGUUCCAAUUCAUGCUGGUUAUCUUGCAGUUUGACAUUGCAUUCAAGAUGUACAACCAGAUAGAGGAUGGAGCAAUGGUCACUGUUGACGUGGGUCUGGCCUACAGAGACGAUACAGUCAGUGAGUGGACCGAGAUGGCUCACUCUUUUGAACAACGGAAGCUCAACUGUAACUUCACUACUUCCAAGACGUUUGAGAAUGAGGGCCGUUACUACGAGUGUGACCUGUUGCCCUUCAUGGAGGUCGGUAGCGUGGCUCACAAGUACUAUCUCCUCAAUAUCCGUCUGCCCGUCAAUGAGCGCAAGAAGAUCAACGUUGGCAUUGGGGAAAUCAAAGAUAUUCGCUUGGUUGGAAUCCACCAAAAUGGAGGUUUCACUAAGGUUUGGUUUGCCAUGAAGACCUUCCUGACACCCAGCAUCCUCAUCAUCAUGAUCUGGUACUGGAGGCGCAUCACACUCAUGACCAGACCCCCUGUGUUGUUGGAGAAAGUGAUAUUUGCUCUGGGAAUCUCCAUGACGUUCAUCAAUAUCCCAGUGGAAUGGUUCUCGAUUGGCUUCAACUGGACCUGGAUGUUGCUUUUUGGUGACAUCCGACAAGGCAUUUUCUACUCCAUGUUGCUUUCCUUCUGGAUCAUCUUCUGUGGGGAGCACCUCAUGGACCAAACCGAGAGGAAUCGUUUCUCAGUGUAUUGGAAGCAAGUUGGGCCCAUUGUGUUUGGGUCUUUUUGUCUCUUUAUCUUUGACAUGUGUGAGAGAGGUGUCCAGUUGACAAACCCCUUCUAUAGCAUCUGGGCAUCUGAUGUUGGGACUGAUCUGGCUAUGGCUUUCAUAAUAGUGGCAGGAAUCUGUGCCUGCCUCUACUUUCUCUUCCUCUGCUUUAUGGUUUUCCAAGUCUUCCGCAACAUCAGCGGUAAGAGGACUUCACUACCCGCCAUGUCCAAGGCCAGACGCCUGCACUAUGAGGGUUUGAUUUUUAGGUUCAAGUUUCUCAUGUUGGUCACUUUGGCCUGUGCUGCCAUGACAGUCAUCUUCUUCAUCAUCAGUCAGGUGAAUGAGGGUCACUGGCACUGGGGGGAACACACCGUGCAAGUGAACAGCGCCUUUUUCACGGGCAUCUACGGAAUGUGGAACCUGUACGUAUUCGCCAUCAUGUUCUUGUAUGCCCCCUCUCACAAGCGAUAUGGAGAUGACCAAUCAAGUGGACAGUGCAUCACUGAGGAUAAAGAAUAUAUCUUUGAGAUGCCAUGGCGAACAGCGGGGAAGACAUCCAGCUAACAACAACCAUCACUCAUGUCGAUGGUCCCACUGAGAUCUACAAGAUGACUGGAAAAGAGGCCCAAGAGUAGACCCCUUACCGUCAUUGACACUGUCCCUUUAUUAUCUUCUUUCCAAAUACCGCAUUUUCCACUCAUAUUCUGUACAUAAGUUACAAGCUUUUCUCUUUAUAUACUGUACACAGCCUGACUGAAUGGUAAAAACCUCCACCUUCGGUAUGUUCCGAACUAUUGCCAAUGCUCACAAAACUUUAAGGAUCCGAACUUUUUGAGAGUAAUGUAAUUCGCACCAAUGUUGCUGUUUUUCCAAAAUUCCAAAUUCUCGUCAUUUUCAUUUCAUGAUGGAUACAUUUCGUACAUACUGUAUGAAAUUUUUACAUGUUGCACAACAGGUUUGACGACAAUUCAGGAACUUGAAAGUUGCUUCACAGACAAAUGUUUUGGUUCAAAAUGUUACAUUUCUCCUGUUUGUUGCUGCAGUUUAAUUGUUUGUAAGACCUAAGCUAGUGAUUGGAAAGGACAUGAUUUAUUUUAUGAAUGCAUUGCUGUCAUUAGGUCUAAUUUUCUGUCCUGUAAUAUUCAUAGUGAAGGCAUUAGAACAUGUCACUAAUCUCUUCCAUACACAGUACAUGACACUUUAAAAAAAAUUAUACCAUUGGGGAAAAUGUACAGACCAUGUAGCCUAUUUUUGUUUUUCCCAACUUCAAAACAAUGGAUCGAGCUCUACCAUGUUAAGAGUUUAGAAGUUGCCAGUAGCCUAUUAAAUAUCAUGUUUUUGUUCUUUGCUUUUUACUGUAAUUUAAAUAAAAGUACUUUUACUUAA